UUUUUAUUAGUCUUUGACUCGUUCGUACCCGAGAGAGUCUUCCUUGACGCUUUGUGAGAUUCUCAGGGAAAGGGGUUUUUGUUCCAGAGCUAGUUGGUUUUCGUGGAUUCUUAUAGACUUGAAGGAGAAGGAAAUCUACCCAGGAGAAAGGAGAUAAAGUUUUGAGGUAUUUUCAGUUGUUAGAAGUUCAGUAAUGAAAAAUAAGAAUCCUGCUCAAGGGGAGCCCAGCAUGGAUAUCAGCAAUUGGAGAAGUCAUAUUCUACCUAGUGCUCGGAGGAGGAUUGUGAAUAAAAUAAAGGGGACUUUAAUGAGACACCUUACAAUUUCUAGCACAGAAGGGUUACAAGAACUUGAGAAAAUUGCUGUAAGAUUUGAAGAGAAGAUUUACACUGCUUCUGCAAGCCAGCCAGAAUAUCUACGGAGGAUAUCUCUAAAGAUGCUAAUGAUGGAGACACAAGCUCAGACUCGCGGUGUGCCUGGUUCCUUACAGUCAAACCCUUCUGGAACAACCGCAGCAGCAGCGGGAACAGGGUAAGCAGAACUCAAAAGGAUUAAUAGAAGCCUUGAUCCUAAUUCAAUAAAAGUGGACUGAAGAGUGCUGUUAUCUUCUCCGAUUGUCUUGAGUUGUUUCAAUUGCUUAAGGUGGAGGAUUUCUCUGGUUGGCCAUGGAGAUGUUUUAAUGUAUUUAACUAACUGAAAAGAUUCCCGUAAAAAAAAAAAAAUUACUGAAACGAUUGGAGGAUUGUAUGUUUAUUCAUGUGUUGGGAAUGCUUCAGACAGGCGCAUGCGUUGGCUAGAAAAGUUAGGCUUCAUGAGAUUACUGAAUCUGGUGGUUUAGAUCUGUCUUCCUAAACGCAUAUGGAUAUUUGUUGUUCGAAUUUAUAGAGUUCUCUCAGAACUUUAAAACCUUUUCUAUGUUCCCAACACCUCUCGUCACAUAUAUAUGCAGAGCUUUAAUUUAUUUA